GACAAAUGCGGCGCAGCCUUCAGUCUGCCCAGUCGUCCACAGUCCGUAACUCGCGAGUUUACAAUCAACAAUUGACCUAUCUUCCCACCUAGGGAUACGUUUCACUUCCGUUGGUCUAUUUUCUGAACAUGAGGUGGUUUGAGUCUCCCAUCAUGGUCCAGCUGAAUCCCUAAUCUCUGAAGCAGCAGCAGCCCGCUCCCCCUGAGCCAGGAUGUCCAGUAGCUCGGGCUACCCCCCCAGCCAGGGGAGCUUCAGCAGCGAGCAGAGCCGAUACCCGCCACACUCUGUCCAGUACACCUUCACCCCCCCACGCCACCAACAGGAGUUCACCGUCCCAGAUUACCGGACUCACAUGCAGGAUCCGCAAGGUCGGAGGAGACCAUCUUUACUGUCUGAAUUCCACCCCGGAGCUGAAAGGCCUCCAGAGAGACGCCAUGGCUACGAACAGCAGUUCCACUCUGUCACCGCCCAGACCGAGCACGAGGCCUUGGAGGCCAAACGUCCUCGCAUGGAGACGGUCUCCGAGGCCCACAUCACCCGCACCCCUCCCACCUCUGGGGGUGUGGUCCUGCCCCUGCCCCAUACGGUUCAGGACAGCCUAAGAGCCUCUGGAGAGGUUAAAAAGGAGUCUCAGUUCACUGUCAAAGUGGAGUCGUCCCCUGGAGGACCAGUGCUGCACAUGGGCGAGGAUCAGGACACUUCUCCCUCUAAACUGUCAAAGGAGGAGCUGAUCCAGAGUAUGGACCGCGUGGACAGAGAGAUUGCUAAAGUGGAGCAGCAGAUCUUCAAGCUGAAGAAGAAGCAGCAACAACUGGAAGAGGAAGCGGCAAAGCCCGUGGAGCCAGAAAAGCCAGUGACCCCUCCCCCGGUGGAGCACAAGCACCGCAGCAUAGUCCAGAUCAUCUACGACGAGAACAGGAAAAAAGCUGAAGAGGCCCAUAAAAUACUGGAAGGUCUUGGUCCCAAGGUUGAGCUGCCCUUGUACAAUCAGCCGUCUGACACAAAGGUGUACCAUGACAACAUCAAGACCAACCAAGUAAUGAGGAAGAAGCUGAUUCUGUUUUUCAAGAGGAGAAACCACGCUCGUAAACAAAGGGAACAGAAGAUCUGUCAGCGCUACGACCAGCUGAUGGAGGCUUGGGAGAAGAAGGUGGAGCGAAUGGAGAACAACCCCAGGCGCAAAGCCAAGGAGAGCCGGACACGGGAAUACUACGAGAGGCAGUUCCCUGAGAUACGCAAGCAGAGGGAGCAGCAGGAGCGUUUCCAGAGGGUCGGCCAAAGAGGAACUGGCCUUUCUGCAACCAUUGCAAGAAGUGAGCAUGAGAUCUCUGAAAUCAUAGAUGGCCUUUCUGAACAGGAGAACAACGAGAAGCAGAUGAGACAGCUGUCCGUCAUCCCUCCCAUGAUGUAUGAUUCAGAGCAGCGGCGAGUGAAGUUCAUCAACAUGAACGGUCUGAUGGAUGACCCGAUGAAGGUGUACAAAGCCCGGCAGUUCAUGAAUGUUUGGACCGAACAUGAAAAGGAGAUCUUUAAGGAGAAGUUUGUCCAACACCCGAAGAACUUUGGCCUCAUUGCUUCCUAUCUGGAGAGAAAGUGUGUGUCAGACUGUGUCCUGUACUACUAUUUGACCAAGAAGAACCAGAACUACAAGACCCUGGUGAGACGCAACUAUGGAAGACGGAGAGGGAGGAACCAGCAAAUAACACGACCCUCACAAGAAGACAAGUCAGACGACAAAAACGAAGAGGACAAGUCUGAGAAGUCUGAGAAAAAAGAGGACGAGGAGAAGAAGGACGAGGAGGAGAAAGAUGAAAAGGAGGACUCCAGGGACAUUGGCAAGGACAAAGAAAAGUGUGACGGUGGAGAGGACGAGGACGGAAAGGAGCAAAACACGCCGCGUGGCAGAAAGACUGCCAACAGCCAGGGCCGUCGCAAGGGAAGGAUCACCACGCGCUCCAUGGCGAACGAAGCUGCAUCCGUGGCAGCCGAGGAAGCACCUCUCCCUGCCCCUGAGCCCGCCUUGCCAGAAGCGCCGCAGCUCCCUAAACCGGAUUCAACCCAGAAGGCCAUGAAGGAGCCUGCAAAACCCCAGACCCCCGUAGCUGCCAUGGAAGCUAAUAAAGCUGCCACUGUCGAAACCGGAGAAACUUCUCGCUGGACCGAGGAGGAGAUGGAGGUCGCCAAAAAAGGGCUAGUUGAGCAUGGACGUAACUGGACAGCAAUCGCCAAAAUGGUGGGCACCAAAAGCGAGGCACAGUGCAAGAAUUUCUAUUUCAACUACAAGAGACGACACAACCUGGACAACCUGCUCCAGCAGCAUAAGCAGGACACACGGCGGGCUCGUGCUGAUAGAUCUCAAGGUGAAGGUCUAGCCACAGCUGAUGAUGAUGAGGACAACCCAGAUGACAGUGAAGGCGGUGACAAUAGCUCUGACACAGAGAGCGCUCCCUCCCCCUCGCAGGCUGACCCCUCCAAGUCCGGUGACUCCAAGAGGGCAGACAGCGCUGCAGGAGACGGUCAGUGCUCUGACCAGGACAAAGGUCAGGCCAGCAAUGGAAAGGCCCCAGAAGCUUUGUACGGGGAACUCCGUGUGAAACAGGAGAAGAGCCCAGAGAGUGAGACUGGCUCUCAGGAGGAAAGGGCCAGGGUGGCUACUUAUGUGGGCCCGGUGCACCCCAAGACCGAACCCCAGGAUGUGGACAUGAAGACCGGUGAGGUUCAGGUCAAGAUGGAGCCCGAGGUCAAGGAGAAAGGAGAAAAGGGGGAUCAUGGUGAAAGGCAGAGGGAGCUCCACUCAGAUAAUGACUCCAGCGCCACCUGCAGUGCCGACGAGGAUGUGGAAGCGGAGCCUGAGAGACAGAGAAUAUUUUCCAUGGAUAAGCCUUCGUUGCUCAGCCCUCCCGGCUCGGUGCUCGUGUCCUCAGCCAAGCAAGCACAGCUCAACAUGCAGCAGCUGCAGCAGCGGGCCGCUGCCAUCCCACCCAUGGUUCCUGGUCCUUACGGUCUGGCUGGCGUGCCUAUCAGCGGCUACACCAUGUUGCAGGAUCACAUCAAAGCGGCCCAUGAGUCUGCACACCAGGAGGACAAGCAGCGACAGGAUCAGGGAGAUCUGGAGCGCAGACCCCCCUUCCCUACCCGCAGCCCCACCGUACUAGACAGAGAUGGUAAGCCCUUCCCCUACAUGCCUUAUGACAUGAAGCUGGCUCUGGACCAGGAGGCCCAGUCUGGUCGGCCAGGUUCUCCCUACAGACUCUCCCCCAGGGAGCUGAGCAAGGCCUCACCCCAGCCUGACCCCAACGUCCCCAAUGCCUCCCGCUACAGUGUGCCUCCAGUCCUCCACCCAGCUCCCAACCAGCUGGUCCAGAACCUGCCGGAUGGCGUCCGGGUGACGUUCAACAGACACAGUCGACCUCCCAACAUUCCUUCUCCUCCUCCGCUCAUUCCAACCUCCAAGCCCACAGACAAGCCCUCCUUCAUUCAGGGAGGCUCCAUCUCCCAGGGAACUCCUGGCACAUACCUGCCGUCCCACGCUGUCUAUGGGCCAGAGGGGACAAAGAGCUCUGUGGGCUCCAUUUCUCUGGGUCUGCCUCGGCAGCAGGAUCCCAACAAGCCUGGAGGCCCCGUUCCAUCCAUGCAGGAUACCAGAGGAAACCCAGGCAAGGUGGGCGAGGGUCUGUCUUUCAGAGGAUCAAUUACUCAGGGUACACCAGCCCUGCCCCAGUCAAGCAUUGCUGCUGACCUCCUUAAGGGCACAAUCACCAAGCUGGCCACAGAGGAUCUGAGCAGCCCAGACAAGACUAGGGGAGAGCAGCUGACUAAAGCUCAUGUCAUCUACGAGGGCAAGAGUGGCCACAUCCUCUCAUAUGAUGCCAUCAAGAAUCCCCGGGAAGCCACCCGCAGUCCCAGAACAAGCCAUGAGCUGAAACGCACCUAUGACAUGAUGGAGGGACCUAUGAGCAGAGGACACCCUGGCAGAGAGGGAGCCCCAUUUGAGGGGUUGAUGAGCAGAGCGCUGCCCAGAGAAGGUCUCCAUGGAGAUUCUAAGGAGAGGCCGUUGAUCGCUGGAUCCAUCAUGCAAGGUACACCAAGAGCCUCUGCAGAGGCAUAUGAAGAUAGCAUGAAGUACGGGAAACAGAUAAAGCGAGAGAGCCCGCCUAUCCGCUCCUUUGAAGGGGGUAUUGUCAAGGGCAAGCCCUACGAGGGGGUGAAUACUAUCAAAGAGAUGGGCCGCUCCAUUCACGAGAUCCCCCGGCAAGACCAGUCCAGCCAGGAUAGCCGCAAGACCCCCGACAUGUCGGACAGGAGGGUUAUGGAGGGCCCCGUGUCACAGCUUCACCCUCUGAACCAGCCUGCCAUCAAGCACAAUGUCAAGUCCUUAAUCACCAGUCCCAGUAAGCUCCCUCACACCAUGCCCCAGCUAGAGGCCAUGAAGUAUGAGGAGAGCAAGGCAGUGGCAGAGCGUGUUCGUCACACAUCCGUGGUCAACUCCACCACCUCUGUCCUGCGCUCCACGCACCAGGAGGCCGGAAAAUCCCAGCUUAGCCCGGGCAUGUAUGAGGAUGCCAACGCCCGCAGGACCCCUGUUAACUACAGCACCAACCCUGUGUCCAGAGGCUCACCCAUGCUGGCGCGCGCUCCAGAGGGAGGUAUAAGCUCUGGGAAGUCUGCACCACAUGAGAGGAAGAGUGCCAUGACUCCCACUCAGCGAGACAGCGUCCCUGCCAAGUCUCCAGUGUCGGGCGGAGACCCUGUAGGCUCUCACAGCCCCUUCGACCCCCACCACCGGCCUGUGGUCCCUGGAGAAGUGUAUCGAGCCCAUCUGCCCCCACACCUUGACCCUACUCUGGCUUUCCACAGAGUCCUGGAUCCCGCGGCUUACAUGUUCCCCAGGCAGCCGUCACCAACAGGCUACCACAACACCUACCAGCUGUACACCAUGGAGAACACACGGCAGACCAUCCUCAACGAUUAUAUCACUUCCCAGCAGAUGCAAGUCAUCCCGCGGCCUGACGUGGGCCGGGGCUUGUCGCCACGGGAACAGCCCAUCGCUAUCCCUUACCCAGCCGGAGCUCGAGGGAUUAUUGAUCUAGCCCAGAUGCCUCCAACUAUCCUGUUGCCUCAUCCUGGGGGAACAGGUACUCCCACUUUGGAACGCAUCGCCUUCCUCCCUGGAGCUCAGCCCCCUUUCCCUCCUAGGGCUUUCAACCCAGCCUCCAUAUCGCCAGGUCACCCAGCCCAUAUUGCAGCCACCGCCGCUGUUGGUGUGGAGAGGGAACGGGAGAGGGAGCGCGACCGGGAACAGCGGGAGAAAGAGAGGGAAAAGGAGAGGGAAAGGGAGCAUCGUGAGAGGGAGCGGGAGCUCAGAGAACGAGAGCGAGAGCGGGAGCGGGAACGCGCAGUUGCUGCAAAUGAAUACAUGCGGGGAGGUCAGUGGAUAUGUCCAGAGCAGCCGGGCCGGCCAGGGAGUCGUGGCUACCUGCAUUCCCCCUCGCCCUCCGUCAGGUCACAGGAAGGCGUGGUUCAGCAGCGACCCAGCAUCUUCCAAGGCACCAACAGCAAGAGUGUCAUCACCUCUCUCAUGCCGCCCUCGGUGGCAGUAUCAGCGACAGCAGCAGCCCAGACCAGCUCUCGCUACAGCACUGCAGCUGAUGCCCUGGCUGCGUUGGUGGACGCCGCAGCCUCUGCCCCACAGAUGGACGUUGCCAAGGUGAAGGAGGGCAAACAUGACCGGGAGGACGACAUGUCCUCGUCAGCUGCGGCUCGACGUUCAGCUGGCCACUCUGAUCAGCAGCAGGAGGUGGACAGGCGCUCUAUGCAGUCACCAUACGGCUCUAUGUCUCUGCCUGGGGGCAAACCGCAUCAAGCCUAUGCUGAAGGUCCAGGCAUGGGGAGUAAGGAUAAGGGUCCCCAGACUAAGUCCCGCAUCGAAGAGGAGCUUCGUACCCGUGGAAAGACAACCAUCACGGCUGCCAACUUCAUUGAUGUCAUCAUCACACGGCAGAUUGCCUCGGACAAAGACUCGCGAGAAAGAGGAUCCCAGAACUCUGACUCUUCCAACAGCAUGUCGUCCAGUCGAUACGAGAACCCCUCUGGAGUAGCCAUCGAGGUUAUCAGCCCUGCUAGUUCACCAGUCCAACCCCAACAGGACAAACCAGAAGACAGACAACCACAGGCACCAGCUGCUGGCAUGCGUACGUUUGACAUGAGCCGCUACCGGCCACCAGGGGAGCCACCACAGCCCCCGUCCUCCCAGGCAGAUAGCUACUCGCAGGUCCCCAAAACCCACCGGGUCAUGACCCUGGCAGACCACAUCUCGCACAUCAUAACCCAGGACUUUGCCCGAAAUCAGGACCCUCCACCGGUUUCCUCCUCCGCUUCUGCCACAUUCCAGAGCACAGUGCCACCUGUGUCCUCCUCGGCUCGGGCCAAGAUGCCCAGCCGCUACAGCCCAGAGAACCAGGCCCAGGCGCCGCACCACCAGAGACCCUCCAGCAGAGUUUCCCCAGAAAACGCUCCUGACAAGCCCAGAUCCAGGCCUGGUAAGUCUCCAGAGCGAGGAAGCAGGCCCAUGGAAAACUAUGAGCCCAUCUCCCCUCCACAGAGCUACCAGGGCAUGGACAAACAGGACCCUGGUGGGCCUCCACUGCAGAGGCAAGACCCUGACAACCCUGAGAUCAGGAGUGACUCGCGUUCUCCGGGGAGUGUCAGCUACCUGCCAUCCUUUUUCACCAAGCUGGAGAGAACCUCCCAAAUGGUGAAAACCAAGAAGCAGGAGAUCUAUCGUAAGUUCAACUCCUCUGGUGUCGGUGAUUUUGAUGUUGGAAAUGCACAACCAGGCACAGAGAUCUUCAACUUACCCGCUGUUACCAGCUCCAGCAACAUCAACCCCAGGAAUCACUCCUUUAGCGACCCAGCCAGUAACCUGGGCCUGGAGGACAUCAUCCGCAAGGCCUUGAUGGGCAACCUGGAGGACAGACAGGAGGAGCACCAGGGAGGAGCAGGGCUGCAGCCUGGCAACAACAACACACCCGGUGCAGGCAGUGACGCCCGCCAGGAGUCUAACCCGUCACCUAGUAUGGGGAAGCAAAAAAUGCAGAGCAAACCCAACAGCCGGAAAUCCAAGUCUCCGAACCUGGGUCAGGCGUAUGCAGGAGGGGAGCGUCCCUCCUCAGUGUCCUCCGUCCACUCCGAGGGAGAUUACCACAGACAAGCCCCAGCCUGGGCCUGGGAGGACCGACCCUCAUCCACAGGCUCCAUGCAGUUCCCUUACAACCCUCUGACCAUGCGCAUGCUGAGCAGCACGCCACCCACAUCCAUAGCCUCCCCCUCCAUACAGAGCCAGCAGCAGCAGCCGAUGCCGCCUGGAGGAGCCCCAGUGGCGCAGCAGCGGGUGUGGGAGAGAGAACCUCUGCUGUCGGAGCAGUACGAGACCCUAUCGGACAGCGAUGACUGAGCCUGGCCCGCUAUAGCCCCAAACCGGAAGAGAGGCCUGCGCGCAGGCUGGUCUGUUCACCCCCCUCCCCCAGAACUAACCUCACUCACUGGUGAGUGUGGGAAGUAGAGGGGGUGGUGUCACUUUUUUGGUGCUAUGGCACCCCCUGGCUGCUCGCCGAGAGGAAAAGCAGCAGCUUGUGACAGGCUGGGCCGUUCAGAAACAAGACUCCCUUUUUGGUCCGGAAAGCACUGGCCCAGCCUGUUCAGGGGGAAAAAGAAGAAACUGACUGAGAGGAUGACUUGAGCUGUAGUAAAGAACGAUAAAGAACUUAUUAUGUAAAAAGAAACGACAUAAGAGACAAUUUCUGAAUUUUGUUUGAUUUCUGUAAAGAUAUACCUUGUCUUUAAGAAAACCAUUGUAUGUAAAUAGAGUAACCUUUUGCAGUGUUUUUCUUAACUUGAUUAUUUCUUAUUUUAAUGUUGCUUUUAAAUCGAUCCACUUUAAAUGGUAAGAGGAGGGGUGUAAUCGUUAAUAUCACAGUUGGUCUCUCCUAGUCCAUCUCUUACCCCCCCCUUUGCCCCCACACCCCACUCCACCCCAGCGCAUCCCCAUCUUUUACCAUAGUGAAGCUACGAGACACUCAGACCUGUGGUUUGUACUUGACAGUGGGUGGAGCACAGAGAUCGCGCGGUCCCCCCCACCUUGUCACCCCCCAGCCGCCAUCCACCAAGCACCACCAGAGCCUGAAUAUUGUGGACAUCAGAGGAUGAAACAAAUACAGAAGCUAACAUUUCAUAUAGCGUUGUAAUUUGAUGCCUGUCUCUGCAGCGCGGCGGAGACCAUGCAUGGAUUGUAAUAAUAUCAGAUGGUAAAGGAAACUUUUUGUCGCCCCUUUCUAGACAGAGAAAUGUCUUUGGAACAAGUUGAGAACACUGGUGUCAGAGAAGAAAGGUGAAGAGUCUGUUAUAAGCUUAAUAUUGCCGAAAACGAUAUUCUUAUGACUACUUCUGGGCCCCAUGUUGACCUGAAUUAUGAAAGUGAGCCAAUGUUUUUAUUUUAUUUUAUUUUACUUUAUUUUUUCUUUUCUUUUUUUUCUGUUUUGAUGAAGCUGACCACAGUGUGUCACCUGUAGCUGUCUCUCGGUUUCCAACCUGCACGGAAUGAUCUACUCUGCAACCUUGUCAUGGUAAAUAAAAGUACGUCAGGAACUAUAUAUAUAUAUAUAUUUUUUUUUUUCGUUAAAGAGAGGUUUUGCCAUGCCUUGUGGCUUGAGAAAGAAGGCAGCUUUAACUAAUUUUCUCAGAGAUAUACGUUGGUGUUUGAUGUUUGUAUUUGUUUGUUUCUGUAGUCCCUCUAUUUUUUUUAUUUUUUUUUGAUACUGUCCUGACAGAAAUCUGAACUCAGUGUAAUUUGUCUUUCCGUUAGACAAAAAGACAAAACUAACCAAACAUAAAGAAUGGUCUGCACCAUUGUUGCACUUUUUUUUUUUUUUUUUUUUUUUUUUUUUUUUGCUUUGUAGCUUUUGACAACAAAAAGCAUACUACCUGUUGUGUAACUUAUUCAGCCUCCAGCACGGGAGUAUACUAAAAAAUGUGCUUUAACUUUUCCCACCACUCACAGAAAUCUGGAUGUUUUAAGUUUCUGUCUUCUCUUGUAGCUGGUACAUAAUUUUGUAGUGUGACACUUGCAUCACAGUCUGAAUUUUAGUGUAUGGUACCGUUAAAUGUUUAGGAGUUUGCCGUCAUGGCUGUUUCGAUGCCAUGACCUCUUAGCCUCUGCUCUCAUUAUAAUCUGGGUUGAUAUCAGUUGUUUCCAUCAACAGGCAUGAAGCUUUCGAGUAUAAAUUAUACUAGGUCAACAUAAAUAACGGCAGUAAUGUUCCUUUUCAAGUCUUUUUCAGAUAUGUGAAAACCACACCACGUUUUGGCUUUCUCAGCUUUCGCUUCACUCAAAUAACAAAUCCAGUCUGCUCUGAACUUGAUAUUUCCUCUCUUCCUCUCGUUUUGAUUUUGAAUCGUUUGUCAUAGUUCAUGCUCAGAUUUUUAUUUUCUGUCAUUUUCAACAUCAAUGUUAUUCAUCCUGUUUUUUUUUUUUUUUUAAAGAUGGGAUGUUAUGUGUUUACAAAGGCAAACGACAAAAAAAGUUUACAAACUUGAAUCUUAAAAGAAUACGAAAUGAAGCCGAAAAAGGAUUGGAGCAUCUUUUCAGCUCUCUAUCAGACACACACAGUGGUGACUUUUUUUGUCUUUUUGAAAUUGAGACUUGAAAACCCAUGUAUCCUAUGAUGUUGAAAUGCAAUGUUUGUAUCGCACAAUGUCUCUUAGUAGUCUAUUACAAGAGUUCAGACCAAUCAAAUAAAGUGGAUCAGUUCUCCACCUCUGAAAAA